GAGCAUGUGGUGGUGAGAGGUCGCUCCGUCUGGUGCUACUGGCCGCGUGGGACGACCCAUCUCUGCUCAGCUGACUCGUGUGCGCAGAUCCUCUCUCACACACCGGUGCUGCUCAGUGCUCGUACUGUGCAUGACUGUGUACGUUGGUGCCUCUGUCCGUCCAUACAUCGCUCGACGAUAGGGCUCGUGUCCGUCCAUAGUGCCUAGCGUCUGACGAUACGACGGUCAAACCUAGUGGGUAACGUCCGGUGAUAUAUCGGUCGACUAUACGUUUGGUGUCUACAGUCCGUCGUAGAGGAUAGUUACCUACUGUGUUUUGAUACACCUGUCGAGGAUAGGGCUAGAGCCUGUCGUCAGUCAGUCGCCACCACCGUCACUACGUCGCUCCAGGAUAGAGCGUUUAGCGUCCGUCGCUGCACUCAAGCCACGAUGGGAUCCUGGAGUAUAAGAAGAGCGGCGCUGUCCUUCGCGCUGUGCUUCGCCGCCCACAUUGCUGCCUCACACACCAGCUCCAGCACUGGCCACGACAACAUGCCAGCCACCAAUUUCUCCUGUAUCGGGAAGGUGAUCGGUGGGUACUACGCCGAUGUCUACACUAAGUGUCAGAUGUUCCAUGUCUGCACUCUCAACGAAAAAGGUAGCAUCCACGACUACACGUUCCUCUGCCUAAAGGGGACGGUGUUCGACCAAGAGACCAGGGUGUGUGAACGCUUCGAUGAGGUCGACUGCAGCAAAUCCGAGUCAUUCUACCAUCUCAACAAUGAUCUCUAUGGGCCGGGGAUCAUUCCCUCCACGGCAGACUCGGAGGGCAACCCCAGCGCCGCUAAAGUGCAGGUUCUGGAGCCCACUGUCGCCCUAAUGGGGGCUCCUGAUCCUCCCACAGUCCCUACUGAUACUUCGGAAGCUACACUCCCACCUGGUCCUCAUUCCCAAUCCCAGCCCCUGCCGACACCCACCAGUUCCCCACUACCUCCUGUGGUUCCUCCUGGAGUUACUGCCUCUACUACUCGUAUGUCCACUUCUACCUCUUCCUCUAUUACAGCUGCCUACUCCUUUCCACCCCUACCCUUUACUAUCACCAGAACAUCUACUUCUGUGUCUGCCUCCUCACGUGUCCGCAUCCAGACACCCCUUGCGCAGAUCUCCUUCAACCAAGGUGUGGACCCUUCAGUCCUACCUGCACCCCACCUCCGGCCCUCCUUGCUCCGCCUCGCAGCUGAAGCUCAGAAUGCAGCACAGGCAGCAAAGAUACUUGAGGAUCACAACCCCACCUCGUCCCCCGCAGUCACCGUUCAGACGCCCGCUAACUUCGAGGAUGUUCCCAGACUUUCUGUAUUCCAUCUUGAUACUUCUGGUGCUGGGGCCACUAAUAAUAAUGGUGGGUCUUCUCAUAGACGAAAAAGACAACUGACACACAGAGAUCAACAUUUUUCACCUUCUUUAACCCAGGAAGAUGGAACUUUGCUUACUGCUACUGCUCCCACUUCUUUCAGACUUAAUAAUCAAGACCACAUAGUAACCUCUACAGACAGUUUUCGAAGAACCAUUUCCUCUAGGGGUCGAAUAAGGUUUAGGCAAUCAGAUUCUCAAGAUCAGUCUCUUACAGUUAGGCAACCGGUAAAUCCAGUUAGAGAUGGUUCUUCAAAAAAUAGGCAACAGAGUCAGGCAAUAGCCAGGCAGAGAGGCAAUACUGUACAAAACAGGCAAAAAGACAGUCAGUUACCUGUCAGACGACGAAUCAGACCACUAACAAGUUUGCCAAGAAUUAUUCCAGUAUCUAAUAUUCAGAUUGAUGAGCUAGUUAGUGACAAACAACAUGAAUCUCAAGGGUUGGAAAGGCAAAAUGAACCCUCAUUAAGAUCUAGACAACAUGGUAGAAUUCGUGUUUCAAAGCCAAUUAGCCGUGCCCAAGUGACGAGACGCAGGCCAGUGUCUCAGACUUUCACACAAGAUUCUUCUACACACAGUUCUGUCCAGCAGGGCAGUUUCUUACAUGACAGUGUUUCAGAGACUCCCUUGCAGCUAGCUGACCCUACUCCAGUACCACCCACAGUCUUGACAGCCGAAUUCCCCCCUGACAGCCACAUCAGAGUCUUUGACGGGGAUGAGGCAACAGCUAGGACACACAUCAUCAGUACUCCCGACUUCAUUACACCAUCACCGUUUGUGUUUCCUGAGACAAGCUUCUCCUGUGUAGACAAGAUCCUAGGUGGAUUGUAUGCCGAUGUAGAAACAGGAUGUGUUGUUUUCCAUAUCUGCUCAGUGGAACCAAAUUCAAGAACCAAGGACAACAAGUUUGUGUGUGGCAGUGGGACUUUGUUUGACCAGAAGACCCGCACAUGCCAAACAGCUGCUGCUGUUGACUGUGCAAAGGCCCCUUCUUUCUAUUAUCUGAAUGAGCCAUUCAAAGGACCAGUCCACGUAGAAGUCCUAUAUCCUGAGCAUGAGUUUGACUUCCCUCGUAUCCCUUCCUCUCCUCUCACCUCUUCCAACCGAGGACGUCGAAGUGCAGAUGGCAAUGUUGAUCUCUGUCGUACUCGUCCCCUGGGUACACCACUAGCAGACCUUACCACAGGUUGCCAAGACUACACAGUCUGUGAGGCUCUAAGUGAUAACAGACUUUCGGAAAAACGGUUCUCAUGCAAGAAAGGAUAUCUCUUCUCACAGCUCCGACAGCAUUGUACACUUGCUAAGAAAGUGAAUUGUGCAAAGGAGACUUUGAGUGAAAUUCUUGGCAUGGGAUCUGUAAAAAGACAAAUCAUUGCAAACAGAAAAAGGCGUGCAGCCAGUCUUUUGCAAUCUCACCGAUUUCGUCGUGCUGCUCUGCCACCCUUAGCUAAUUUGAUAAUAACGCCAGGAGUGGAGGAUGCACGUGUACGCCGUGCUCUCUACAAUCUUGCUGCACUUCAGCAAUGGACUUUAGAAAAUGCCCAGCAUUCAACUUUCAUUGAAGUGUAUGCCUUGCAAACUGAUGGGAAAGAUCUUUAUCCAAAGAAAGUAUAUGUUGAUACUAUGGUUCCUAUUUCUAGUGCUGAGGCAGUACAAAGAUAUGGCUAUAUAAAUCGCAAAAAGAGGGAUGUUGCUAAUAUCACUGUGGCAGAACAAGUGCUUACUGGUAAUCAAACCAAAAUAGAAGAAGCAUUUGCAUCAUCUUCUAUAGUAACAUCACCUGGUAGUUCGGAUGAAGUUGAAGAAACAAAAUUUAAACACAUUGACUUUGUUACUAACACUACUUUGAAAGAUGCUUUCAAUCAUCCAACUAUUGCUACUACAACUAUUGGCUUAAGUCCAACCGUUCUUCCAACAGUAAUUAUUACCAGGCAGAAGGACACUGCAUCGACUUCAUUUGUCAGUCCAACUCAUCCAGCAAUACCCACAACAUUAUCGACUGUCACAAUAUCUCCAGAACGCACCUCUUUGAAAACUACAUCCACGACAACAGUCACUGUAACUCCUGUAACUGUAACUGUUACAACUACAAAGACUAUUGUCCCAAUAUCAAUGAGCAAUAUUCAAGCAGAACUCUCUCCUACAGGAACAGCAAUUGCUACUUCAGCUACGCAACUGUCUGCAUAUUUGACCACACCUCUUCCACCACCUUCAACUACAACAACGAUAGUUGAUUCUGUUUUAAAGGUUACUUCCACACCAUCACCAGAAGGAACUUCAACUUUUCCAAAUAUUCCAUUAAAUACAGAAAAUAGUACCUCUGAAAUACAACCAACAAGAACUGGAUCAGCCUCUGAUUUGGACUCGAUUCCUCCUCAAGUUCUAGCUGACAAUCAAACGGUACAAUCAGUUACAAAUGAUACUUCAUUACAAAAUUUCGCAAAUGAAAGCUCAAUAGCUUCAUCAACACAUCUUGAAGUAGGCGAGUCUCCAACUACUUUUAAUUCAUCUGUGACUGUUGUUGAAACUGAAGGCACUAAUAUUACAGAAUCAAGUGAGAGUUUAGCUAAUUCUUCCACUACUGAAGCAGUUCAGCAUUCUGGAGUGGGAACAUCAACAACUGUAACUACCUUACCUACUGCCUUGAACAUGAGCACAGAAAUGAGUCAGACAGAAAAUGUCACAGCUUCAACUAACUUCACAAUUUUAACCACCACGGAAGGCACUACAGACGUUCAUCCAUCAGACAGUGUUAAUGUCACUUCAACAGUGGAACCACCAAAAGAUUCAGAUGUGUCAGUAAAUUCUUCAACAGGAGCAGUAACUCCAUCAUCUGUCACACCUCAGGGACCCUUCACUAGGGAAAAUUUACCUGAAACCAAUUUUACUUGUAAAGACAAGAAGCUAGAGCAGUUUUAUCCUGACCCUGAGGCUAAUUGCCAAGUAUUUCACUAUUGCUCACCAGGCUUUGUCAAAAAACAAGUUCUUGAUCUUAAAUUCCUGUGCACUGGUGCAACUAUGUUUGAUGUCAACACUCAAAAAUGUGAAGAUAUGGCAAGUGUAACUUGUGGUUUUGACAAACCAACAACUCCCAGCACCAAAACUACAGAAAGUACUACAAAGUUUUUCAGCGUUUCUCCUGUUGUGAUCAAUGCUACACACACAUCCUAUGUUGAACCACCACUAACAACUGAAAACACAACCACAUCAUCCAACAUAACCACUCCAGCAUCAACAACUGAAAGUGCAACUAUAGCCCCUGAAUUCAAUGGUACCAUCGGUAGUCAUGAAAACUGGAACAAUACAGAGUCAUCACAUCAUCUUUCCAACAUUAAUGUCACAGUUGGUAAAAAUAUUACAUUUAUAGAAACUACUGAUCAGUCAAUUUUAGAAACUACAACAAUAACAGAAGAUCUCUCGCUCAUGCAACCUGAAGAAACAGUCACUGAAAUUGUAGAACCAUCUAGCACAACAGUUGAACCUACCUUUGAGUUUAUAACAGAAACAGACCUUCCAGAGAUUGAGACAGUAACUUAUCAAGAUGAUAGAGAAGAUAUUUUCACUAGCACUGAAGGUCUAAGCACUGAAGGUCUAAGCACUGAAGGUCUAAGGGAAAUUUUUCUCUCAACAACUGAAUUCUUAAUUCAAGGUGAACCAGAAAUAACAACAGAACUGGUGCCUGUGUUCCAUCCCGAUAUUAUAUAUGAAUCGACAACACCCACAACUGAAGAAAUAACUGAUGGCUCAACAACAAAAUUAAAUAUUGACACUGUUACCGAUUCCACACCCUUUGAUUCAUCUUCUUCCACUUCAGAAGAAACCACAACAUAUAUAUCAGUAUCAACUAAUAUAUCUGCAUUCAGUAAUCAUUCAGCGUCAAGUGAAAUCUCGGUGUCUAGUAAUGUGUCUGUGUCCAGUGAUGCAUCUUUGCCUGUCAAUCGCAAUACAACAGAGGCAGCAGCAGCAGCAUUGUAAGGUCCAGCACAUAUGGACUAGAAGGGUAUUAAUGGCAUGUCAUGAUUCAUGUCUGUAUUAAUAUAAUUUUUGUUUAUUUAUUCUUGAUAAAUAUCAUUAUAGGUUAUGAGAAUUUUGCCUGUUAAUCAUAAUAUUCCGUGCCAAAAAUAUUUGCCUACUCUAGACUCUAGGAGCACAAAACAUUCCACAUGGUAUAAAUUUCCAUCGCUGUGAUACAUUUAUUCAAGUAGGUAAGCACUACAAAUGGGAAAACCAUGUACAGGUAUUCCGUUUUUAGAAAAUACUUUUACUUAUUAAACAUGAAAUCAUGUCUUACUGUAUGCCGGAUGUGUAAUACACAGAUUUUUCUCUGAUUUCUGUUUUUGUCAUUAGUUAUAUCCUGUGUUGAAUUCACAUACAGUACUGUACUCUUUACUCCCAGAGAGAGUCGACAAGUUAUGAGUGAUUUGGAGUCGCUGAAGUUUAUGAACAGUAUGGUUAGGAACAUCAUGUUUUCUAUAAUUUAAUUCAUUCCAGUAAAAAAAAUUUAGGCACUUUUUAAAGCUGUGAUGUAGCUAUUAAUGUCAUCAAAGCACAUGCCAUCAAAGCUGAUUCAAAUUAUUAAGGUAUAGCCAAAGUGGUGAAUUACCGUCUAGACAAACAAAAGUUCAGAGUAGACUUUAUUUGUUAGCCUAAAAAAGUUAUCUGUAAAUAGUCUACACUUAUCUUUGUGUGUGUACACAACUGUCAGCACUUUGUACUCUUCAACCCUUGGCCAGUUAUGAAAUACUACCAUGGCUCUCCUACCAGAGCUGUUUUUACAUAUUGUGUUUGGACUCCUGAUUUUGUUCAACAUAUUUGAUUGACUCCAACUUCCUUAUGGCUUUCAUACUGACUGAAAUGGAGUAAAGUGUGCCGUGAUAUGACUAGACACUACACGACAGAAGCAAAAAAUGUGUUUGUGGCGAUAAACAUAACAGGGAUGUAGAUCAUCCAGAUGUUGUGAAUUCAUUUCCUUUUUAGGAAUUCAUUUAAACGAUAGUGCCAGAUCUGUAUGAGAAUUAAUGACUAAUUGUUUUGACUACAGUACUUGAGUAUAUGUCUCUGUAACUACUUUCAUGUAUAGUUUUAUCAGCUGAUCACUCUAAGAUAAAUUCAUUAUAUUAGUGCUUUAGGACUGCUCUGGUUUACCUUUUGUCUUCUCUAAAUCACACUUAAGGUUAAAUUUUUCCACUUUUGUUGUAUUCAAAGUCUAUAUGCAAUAUACAGUUGUACAUUUUCAUCAGUGUCGGAUAACUUCAGCAGUGUCAGAUAGCUUCAUUGGUGUCAAAUAUCUUCAUCACUGUCAGAUAUCUUCAUCAUUAUCAGAUAUUUUCAUCAUUGCCUGAUACCUUCAUCAAUGUCAGAUGUCACUUUACUUUUCUUUUGCAGCUAACUAAAGAAGCACAAGAUGUGUGUAAUUUCCACAAUGAUAUACAGUACAUCGUCAAUAUCAACAACCAGGAUUCAUUUCAUGUAAAAAUAUCAUUUUAUAUUCAUAUCUAAACUUUUGUCUAGGCCUUAAAAGGUGACCAGUUAGCAUUGUCCCCAUGCAUUGCAUUCAGUUAAAAUUUUUGUUUAUAAGUUAUUAGCUAGUGUUGUUAUGCAUAUGUACAAGACAUAGCCUUACACAGAACUAGGCUCCAUUUCCACAGAUAUGAAGCAUUGCGGAUGCAAAAUAGCAUGGUAUUUGUAAUAGUAUCUCUGUUUGAAAUGUAAUCAUAUGUCAUGAAUUACUAUUGCUAAAUAACAAAUGUUGUACCCCCUUUCCCAUCCAGUCUUUGCAAUCAACAGUUGGUUGGGAAUAGAGGAAAAUACAUUGUAUGCAACUUGAGAGAAAGUGAUAUUAUUCAUGUUAAUAUAAUUGGUUAAAAGCAAAAAAUUGCUGCAUGCAUGGGAACAAUUGGAAAAAUCUAAAUUAUUAAUUAGAAUUGUAGAAAAUAAUAAAUUAUAAGUUAUGUAACAGACAAACAGGAACAUUAUCGUGGAUAACAUUUUGCUCACAAGAGCCUUGCUCAAAAUUGAGCUCUUGUGAACAAAAUGUUAUCCAUAAUAAACUUUGUGUUCCGACCUCUUGUGUUUUUAUGACCAUAAUGUUCUAACUGAGGAUAACUUAGGCACUGCUAUAUUAUUUUGAAAAAUAAAAAUAAACUUAAACUUUGAAUAUAGGCUAGAUCUCUGUGCAAUACAUAUACAGUACAUAAGAUUGGUAUAGUCUUCAUAUUUCUCAUAUGUGGACACUUUUGAUUGUGUGAAUGGAAAUGGAUGUGUUGCAUGCAAGUUUACUCAUGUUGUACUUUGACUCAUCAAUGCAUAUCGUACGUGUGGGAUGCUAGGUCUCUGAAAUUUACAGUGAAUGAUGAUUAAAUAGAUAUUAGAUGUCAUUGAGAGAGGAUAAGUCUGCUUGUGGAUGUACCCGUCUUCCGAAUGCUGUGGAUUAAUAUAACUAGUUAACUCAAGUACAGUACUUCAUGUGUGAUCACAAUGAUGUCAACAUUCAUGUAGGUUUGUCAUUGACUAUACAUGUGUUGUAUAAUAACAGUAAAAUUAUACAAGGGCCUAAUAUCAUACAUACCCAUUUAUUUGUAGGAUUUAGCAUGAUACUGGAGGCUUACACUAAACCAUAACAAAAUAGUCAAGUUUUUCACUUGGCUAGUUAAGAUAUCAAAUGAUUAUUGAUAUGGCUGUGUUUGAUAUUUUGUCCUUGAGAUGUCAAGAGACUAGUGAUUUUGAUCUCUAGACGACUCUUUAAUAUGGGUAAAUUUUAUGCUUUAUGAAAAUCCAAAUCACUAAUCUCUUAAUGAUGUGAUAAGAUCUGUCAGAUUAUAUCUUGGUCUAAAUUUUUCAGAGAGAUUUCAGUUCACAGUUUUGUAAAUAAGAGAGGAAUCUCUUUGAAACUAUUAGCAAAGAUUAAAAUAUUCAUGUCAUGGCACAAAUGAUGUUUUCUGCUUUUUGCAUUUGUGAUGAUAUUUAUUGUAGUAUAUAAUUUCUGUAUUGUCUCCAUCCCUGAUUCCUUUAUCUUGCCUCUCAGUAAACACUGAAGACUUUAUGUUA